AUGUCACUGGGCUUCUCCCUCACACCGUUGCUAAACAACUCCUUCUGGACACCACCAUCGGGUGAUUUUGCAUUUGGUUUUCAGCAGAUUGAGGAAGAUGGGUUCCUACUAGCCAUCUGGUACCACAAAAUACCAGAAAAAACCGUUGUCUGGUUUGCCAAUGGACAAAACUUAGCAGGAAAAGGAUCUAAAAUGGAACUUACCUCUGAUGGCCAGUUCUGGCUCAAAGAUCCCAGUGACAAGCAGAUAUGGAAUCCUAACAAUGAAGUUGCUCAUGCAGCUCUGCUUGACACUGGCAACCUCGUGCUGAGAGAAAUUCUUGAGUAUGAUGGAGUUUUCAGGCACUAUGUUUACCCCAAGAGAAGCAAUUCCAGUAAAGAAGGAUGGUCCAAGCACUGGACAGUUUCAUCAUUUUCACCUACAAAUAUCUGUUUGAGAAUCGGUGGAGAUCAAGGAAGUGGGGAUUGUGGGUUCAAUAGCUACUGCACGUAUGAUGAGACAAAGUUCAGGGCUACUGAACCUGCUUUUUUUAGUUGUAGCUUGUUUAGCUGCAUCCUGAUUUGGAACCGGAAUCCUAAGGUGGCGAAACCUUCCCAAUUCAGAACUGGCAUGAAUCUCACAAGUUACACUUGGGAAGAAUUAAUCAAAGCAACGAAUGGGUUCAAUGAAGUACUUGGUCAUGGUGCAUUUGCAACAGUUUACAAGGGAGUAAUCUCAGGAUUUGAUGAGAAACUCAUUGCUGUUAAGAAGCUAGAUACUAUGUGGAGUGGAAGAGAUGAAGAAUUCAAAGCAGAAACCAAGAUGGUAUCCAAAAAGGAAAUUGCAUUGGCAAUAGGACGGGGACUCACUUACCUCCACGAUGAGUGUCGCACCCAGAUCAUACAUUGUGACAUCAAGCCACAAAACAUCUUACUUGACCAUGAUUACACCGCAAAAAUAUUUGAAUUUGGUUUGGCCAAGCUUUUGAAGCUCGACCAUACUCGAACUACCACUGCAGUGAGGGGAACUAAAGGGUAUGUUGCCCCUGAAUGGUUCAGGAGUAUUCCUGUUAGUGUGAAGGUUGACGUUUACAGCCAAGGAAUUUUGUUACUAGAGCUCAGCUGUUGUAAGAAGAACUUCUACGUUGCAGAUGCUGAGAAUGAUGAGCUGAUGAUACUGGCAUAUUGGGCAUAUGACUCCUUCAAGGAUGGUAAUGUGAGGCAGCUGGUGGAAGAUGAUAUAGAAGCAUUGGAUGAAAUGAAGGUGGUGGAAAGGUAUGUGAUGACUGCUCUCAGAUCAACCAUCAAGAAAGUGUUACAAAUGCUUGAAGGAUCUGUGAACGUGCCUAUUCCCCCUGAUCCUGCCUUUUUGUAA